GGGGAGAGCGCCGCCCCGCGCCCCGGGGCUGCAGGAUGAAGGGGCCGAGCCCGAGCCGGGGGCGCCGGGCCCAGGAGGCGGCACCAUGACCGGGGAGAAGAAGAAGAAGAAGCGGCUCAACCGCAGCGUGCUGCUGGCCAAGAAGAUCAUCACCAAGGACGGAGGCGCCCGACAGGGGAUUGGCGAGCCUAGUGUGUACCAUGCCGUGGUGGUGAUCUUCCUUGAGUUCUUUGCCUGGGGCCUGCUCACAACCCCCAUGUUAACGGUGUUGCACCAGACGUUCCCACAGCACACCUUCCUGAUGAAUGGCCUGAUCCAUGGAGUCAAGGGUCUGCUGUCUUUCCUCAGUGCCCCUCUCAUUGGUGCCCUCUCAGACGUCUGGGGCAGAAAGUCAUUCCUCCUCUUGACGGUGUUCUUUACCUGUGCGCCCAUUCCCCUGAUGAAGAUCAGCCCAUGGUGGUACUUUGCAGUCAUUUCCAUGUCCGGGGUCUUUGCAGUCACCUUCUCUGUCAUCUUUGCCUACGUGGCUGAUAUCACCCAGGAGCACGAGCGGAGCACAGCAUAUGGCCUGGUCUCUGCUACCUUUGCUGCCAGUCUGGUGACGAGCCCAGCCAUUGGUGCCUACCUGUCCCGCGCCUAUGGUGACACGCUGGUGGUGGUGCUGGCCUCGGGAGUGGCUCUGCUGGACAUUGGCUUCAUAUUACUGGCCGUGCCAGAGUCCCUGCCUGAGGAGAUGCGGCCUGUGUCUUGGGGAGCUCCCAUCUCCUGGGAGCAGGCUGACCCCUUUGCUUCUCUUCGGAAAGUGGGCCAGGACUCUACCGUGCUUCUCAUCUGUAUCACUGUCUUCCUCUCCUACCUGCCAGAAGCCGGCCAGUACUCCAGCUUCUUUCUCUACCUGCGCCAGGUAAUUAGCUUUUCCUCAGAAACAGUGGCUGCCUUCAUUGGUGUGGUGGGGAUUCUGUCCAUCCUGGCUCAGACAGUUGUGCUGGGAAUCCUGAUGCGCUCCAUAGGGAACAAGAACACGAUACUGCUCGGCCUGGGGUUCCAGAUCCUACAGCUGGCCUGGUACGGCUUUGGCUCCCAGCCUUGGAUGAUGUGGGCCGCAGGUGCUGUGGCAGCCAUGUCCAGCAUCACCUUCCCUGCCAUCAGCGCCAUGGUGUCCCGGAAUGCAGACCCUGACCAGCAAGGUGUCGUUCAAGGGAUGAUCACCGGCAUCCGGGGGCUGUGCAACGGCCUGGGGCCAGCCCUGUAUGGCUUCGUCUUCUACCUGUUUCACGUGGAGCUGAAUGAGAUGGUGGCAGUGGAGAGCCUGGAGAAGGCUACCAAGCCCAACAUGGCCAACCCUUCGGAUGAGCGAAGCAUCAUCCCGGGCCCCCCUUUCCUCUUUGGAGCGUGCUCAGUCCUGCUGUCCCUCCUAGUGGCCUUGUUCAUCCCUGAGCACAAUCAUCUCACACUUCGGUCCGGCAGCCACAAGAAACACAGCAAUGGUGCCCAGAGCCACACGCACAGCCCCCAGGCAGGUGGCUUGGAUGGGAAGGAGCCCCUCCUGGUGGACAGCAGUGUAUGAUGGGAAAGGAGAGGCAAGGAAGCUCCACCUCCACCCACCCCACCCCCAUGGGCAGCAGUAUGCUCGAUGUGGACUGGACCAGGGGUGGGAGGGGAGGUGGUCAUGGACUGUACCACUAAUAGCAAAUGAGAGGACCAAGAAGACUGAGGCCCUCAGAGCCAAACACAGAUAAACACAGCUACCCACAAACUCAGUCCCAAUGGUGCAAAACUAGGCUUCUGUCAUCCACCCAGGGCUGGAGAAUAGGAAGGAGUUAGGACGACACCAUGUGACGACAGGCUAGUGUUAAACUCACCUGUUUCUGGGGAACUGUGGACUUGGAGAUGGGAUCUGCCAAAUCCUCAUCUUGCCAGGAGCGGGAGAGUGGCCGUAUCUCAGGUCCCGGCCUACUCCCCUCCCAGGCUCUGACAACCCACACGGUCACGGGAGGCACUUCUGAUUCCCCCCCGGGGGACCCACCCCUGGUCCACUGGGUGAGGGGGGGAGGAUGGGAAGAGUGUCCUGGGGCUGAAGUACCCAGAAUGAGAGAAGCACCCCCCCUCAAGGAGCCCUGCAACAGCAAGCAGAUCCACUGUUGGCUCUAGCUAGAACUGACCCUACCCCGUGGUCCCCCUAUUCCUUGGCACCUAACCAAAUGUGCCUGCCCAGCCCAGGAUACUCUCGGGCAGGGAGCGCCUUGUUGACAGUAUCAUAGAAGGCAAAGAAUUUCCCACACCUUUGUGAGGGGUCCUGAUGUGCCCCCAGCAACCCAAGAUGGAUGACCCCCUUCAUCAGGCCCAUCCAGCCUGCAGUAGCCUGAGUGCCAAGUUUGUCAUGGUUCAGACCUGGAGGAGAGGGGGAAGGCUCAGGGAUGUCCAGGUAAACAAAGGGGCCAGCAUCGUCUUACUGGUUUGCACCCAUCUAUUGGCCCUCCCCCAGAUCUCCCAGCAGCUGCCUUCCAAAAAGCACCAGAGCUAGUGGGUCAUUAGAAUAACUGGCUGCUGGGGCCUCUUCUGGAAAGUGCUCCAGGCACUGGCCCUGCCUGCAUUCCUCUUGAGAGGCAAACCUGGCCAGGAACCUGCCGUCCCCCCAGCCCCCAUCCCUAGAGGUCCAGGAGGGGGUAGAAGAGGAAAGGCCAAGAUGUCUCUUUGCCUGCGGUCACUCGAGAGAGCAGCCGUGGCCUCUGGGAUACACAAGAAUAAGCUCAGAAGGCCACAACAAAACACCUUUAAGGAAGGUCAGGCUGCCCAUGUGAUGCUAGAAAACCAACCAGGAGGUGGGAGUUCAGAUAAUCAUCUGAAAUAGCAGGAGUGACCCAGGCUUGACCGCCUUGGGUGACGAGAGUAGUUGGUUUUCCCCAUGUUUUUGACUUAAUUCUUGGUGCCCCUUGCCCACUAGGACCAUUCACUUGGCCUGGUUUCCUGAUGUGGGGAAGGUUCCCUUUGCUUGGGGAGGCCCCCAGUGCAGGGUCAGCUGCCAUCAGUGCUCUGGCUUUGUCCUUCAAUUGUAGCCUGUGGAGGUCAGUUACAGGUCUGGUGCCAUCAGCGCUGAAGCAGCCUGGGACUCUGCAUCCAGUGAGGAACUGAUGGUUUCCUGUGCCCCCCUCUUCCCACACCCCAGGAAAGACCCUGCCAUGGGUCCAGCAUCCCCUGAGCCUCCCUGGCCCUCUGUGCCUGCCUCGGGCACGUUUGCCCCAGGAGAGGUUCCCAAGCUCUCCAUUCUCAGCCAAGGCUUUAGUUUACAUACAGAGCAGUUCGAGAUCCCUGGCCUACAUCUCUUAUAAGGUGGAAAGGCUUUAACUGGAUCUCUAACUGACCCCUCACCACUUGUCCAAGAGCCUCCAGAAGUGAGGGAUUCUUUUGGGGGUCCUUUGUGUCCAGCAGGGGUGGUGGCCAGAGCUGCCUUGCCCUCAGCCUGCCCAUAAGUCUCCAUCCAGGACCUACGAUGCUGGAGCCAGAGCCAUCCAGAUAUUGUAGAAAUGAGCCCACCCGGGGGGGGGGAGGUGGGGGUGGCUUUGACAUUUUGCACUUUAGUCUGCUGGGACAGGUGGACCCCAAAGUCCCAUUUUUCAUUCCUCUUCCCCUCACAGCCCCAAGCCCAAUAACCCCAGGCCUCACUUGGGUGACCCCACCGGGGGUUUCUUUCCAACAGUCAACCCGUCCUUUGGGUGGGAACAUCAGAAAAACAAAAUCUCAUCCUUUCAAAACUAUUACAGAAGACCACUUCAAAAGAAUUUUCUUUUUUACACCUUCAAGUUAACAGACCAACUUGGGCUAUCAGGCUGGGAGCCCCUAGGUAGCAGAGAGGUCUCCUGUGGUAUCUUGGCAUUUCCAGGAACAGAGCUCUGAGCGCGGACAGCUGAUCCCCUUACCCCAAAAACCACAAGGCAGUGACCAGGCCCAUGGCCUCAUUCCAGUAAAGCCCCCUCCACCCCUGCCUUUGCAGGCUCCUACCAGGUUGCUCCCACUAACCUGACCUUCCCACCCACCCAAAAAAAAAAUCCCUCGAAGCAUGUGACAUCCUGGACCUCUUGCCUUUUCCCCCAGUCCCUGAAAGGCAUUAGUUGCCAGGGCUGCAUGAAGACCUUUGUGAGUCUGAUAAGCCCCUAUGUCCUGGAAGCUGUCCAGAGACCACCAUUUCUGCCAGUUUUAUGUUACACUUGGGGGGGGGGGUGUGAAACAAUUUUUUUGAAAGGGCAUUUUUCCCCCAAUGCAGCUUUUCUGUUCAACCAGGUGGUGCCACAAUUGGAAUGUUGGCACAUUCCCCAGGUCAGCUUUCCAUUGGGGCAGCCCUGGCCAGCUGUCCCAGGGAUAUCCCUGUGGCCACAGUGCCCCCUGGUUUGGAGCCAAAGGCAGCCCCUUCUUUCUCCGGCCCUGCCAUCCUCUCUCUACCUAGUUCUUUUCUGGUUCAACAUGCCCUCCUCAGGGACCUAGCUGGGGGAUUUGAAGGAGUCCCAGUGGACCUGCUGUUGCUUGAAACAAAUGUGGAGACAAUGAUGUGAGUUGGCUGUUGGCAAGUAGCCAUGGUUUGUCCUGCUCGGUCCUCCUCCCUCCAGGACCCACCCACCCCCAAAUUCCCUACUGUGGCCAACCUAUGUUUUCAUUAAGAAGGGACCAGCCCUAUACUUUGGAAUUGAUGACGUUAACCUCCUGGUGUGUUGUUGAUUUUGUGUUUUUAGCUGAUAACUCAGUACAUUUAGUUGAUUUCAGAUUGUGUUUAGAUUCAGGUGCCCCCCUCCUGGUUAUUUAUUAAACAGCUGCUUUCUUCUUGCAAAGAAAAAAAAA